AUGCGGCAUCUGCGUCGGCAUACGCCCGUGCAUGUGCGUGAAGCUGAACUGCGUCGUGAAAUUGCUCAGCUAGAACAACAAUGGCAUGACUUGCAGAAGCGUGAUCGUAUUGAAGCACUUACGCGCGAUCUUCCACCAUUGGAAGAAAGCACACUUGAUUCCAUGUAUCAAGAGCUCGUAUCCUCACCUUUACCAGACGUGCGGCAACUGGAAUCCCCACCGCCAACGACACCGAAGCUUUCUCUUGAGCAGCUCGCUGCGCGACUUGGCUUACCACCUGUUCAGACUCUACCCAAGACAGGAGACACAUCAAUUGAUACCACAGAGCUUGCAAAAGAGCGCAAGCAGCUCCGCGCACAAAUCCUUGAGCGACUUGAGCGCUCUGGCGUUGAGUUUUGCCAGCAACAACAAACGGAGGCAAGCGAUCUUUCUCCAUGCACGCAAACAGCCUCAGGCAUCGUGCCACCAUCAGCAUGGCUGGCUCUUGCUAUCCAGAGUGCGCGUGACCAUGAUACAGAGCACGUAAAUACGACACUCGCAUUGGCCGCUCGAAGUGGUAUGCACGUUUCACCGCUUUUCCAUAAAGUCAUGGAUGCGUACGCUAACGCGGGCCUCGUGGAGCCGGUGUUAGAGCUUAGCGCAGCCAUGCAAGCUAAUGGCAUAUUACCACAGCCGGAGACGAAGCAUAUCGUGGUCAAAGCGUAUGCAAAAAUGAAUCAAUUGUUCGAUGCCGUCCAGUACCUGUCGCUGUGGGAGCAAAGUGACCCUGCGCCUAUGUCAUCAUAUACGCUGGUCAUCGAACAUGUGCUAAAGCAUCCUAUCCGAGAUUUACAUCCGAUUGCUUGGUCGCUCUUCUACCAUAUGCGGUACGCAGCUCAUCCCGUGCCAGAUGCACCACUUUACGCGAUGAUGAUCCGAGCUUGCGCUGCUGGUAUUCCACAGCCAAAUACAAUGUCCAUUCGUCGCAACAGGUCCUGGGAAGCAGAUGCAGAGCGCGCGCUGGAUUUGUUUCGUGAAAUGACUGUGCAUCAUGGUAUUCGACCCAACAAGGAAGUGUAUGAUAGCCUUAUUCUUACUUGCGCGAGGCGCAAGGAACACUAUUCCGAUGCACUUCGUCUGCUUCGCGAGCUUGUUGACGGCAACGCACAUGGAGUGGCGCCUCUAUCUCCCGACGUGUACACAUACAAUGCUGUGCUGCAGGGAAGCGCUCGAAAAGGUGACCUUAUUACAUCGCGCUGGAUUCUCGCUGAUAUGGUCCGCAGUGUUAUGACGCAGGCAGACUCAGCUGACGGCACAUCUAAAGCACCAAAUGAAGAAACAUUGACGAAUGUAUUCUGGUCGUAUGCCGUAUACAGACCGCCGAUCAAAAGGAGUGAUCUGGUCACGGUCCAAGCGGAGGCUGGUCCCCGUCGUUCCGAGAACGACAUGCAUGCUAUUUUGGCUGCAAAUGAAGAACAACGCGCGAGAUCUUCGAAUGCACAGCCCUCAUUCUCUCAGAACAUGCCGCAGACGUCCAGCGAUGUGCUGAUGGAAGUGCGUUCCCUAAUGGCACGUAUUUUGGCCGACCAGGGCCACAGUGUUAACAGCAACAACGCCGUCGACUUAAGAGAGCAUCCUAUGCGCUUUGUUGCGAUAACACCCCGCCUCCUCAAUGCAUUUCUUGCUGUUUUUACGCACCACAUGAAGCCAGAUCAGCGCUUACGCGCCUUAUUCAAUGCUGUGUACGAGCCUGAUGGCGUCUUUGCUCAGAGCCACGUCCAGGCCAACGGCCACACACUCGCAAUGGUCCUGGCUGAAUGUGCACUCUCAAAAGAUCGCGCACUUGCUGAUCAAGUUGCUGAACAGAUUUGGGAUCAAUGGACUGCAUUGGAGGGAUCCUCGCUCUCUUCACAAAAUACCUCUGUGCGCCGAGAUACGGGCACAGAUGCCAAGACCAUUUCCAAAAUGUGGGCCCUCAUGAUCCGGCAGCACGCAAAAAGUUUCCGAGUUGAGCCAGCUUUAACGCUUCUUCGCUCAUUUCUCGAAAAAUACCCGCCAUCAUCGCGUGCAGUGCCAAAAACAAGCGUAACGACACAGGCGCCACUACCGCCGUUAGACUGGAUGCCGAUCGUUCCACCCAUGUCCAUGCUACGUUUACUUUAUUCCUUGCCUCCCGGCACUGCACACUCGUCAACUCCGUCUUUGUCGUCGUCAAUGCAAUCACGUCCAUCCCUGCCACUGCCGCAAUCUUCAACGUCAGCGUCAACGAGCUCCUAUUCACCGCUAUCGCCACUGCGGCCCAAGCUUCUGUUUCGCGAUCUGGAGCUCUUGCAUCACCGGUGCGUUGCACUCCAUCAUGUAGCAGGUCUUAACCUUAUUACACGCGUUGACCGCGAAUAUCGACGUGAGUGGUAA